AUGUCAAAUAGGUAAGCAAUGUGCAAUUGUUGUUUUUGUUUCGAUAUUUACUAAAUAAUUACUGAAGUGCAAAUAAUUAUUACAAUGGGUAAACGUAAAUACGAAGAGAAUACACGUGAAAAUGAAAAUAAACCAGAAGAAAAUGAAUCUGAAACCCAUUUAUUAAAACCAGAGACGGAUCGGCUUGACGAUGCAAUCUCUACUCAAAAAAAGAAGAAAAUAGGUGGUUUUGAUGUGAAACACUUCCGAAAAGAGUUGGCCGCUAAGCAGGGACAAACUAUGGUUUUGACCCAGUUCCUGCAAGUCUGUCUGAACCCCGACAAUGAGGUUGACUACUUACUGGAGUACCUGAAGAUUGGUGGCAAUUCCCAUGAGAUUCUGCGGCAGAUUGGCGCGGAAAACAAGAAAAACCUUACCCUCGCUACUCCUGCCUUCCAUCUGUUCCAUCUCAUCAUCCUUAAAGUGCAGUCUUCCCUCCCCCACAUGAUUGCAGUCACCGAAGAAGCAUGUCGGUAUUUUCUGAACAAUUUCAUGUCUACUGUUGAAAUUAUGAUCAGUGAAAACUCGGGCCCUCGGCAUAGGAAAAUAGUUCUCAAGUUACUUACUUCUAUGGUGACUUUGAAUUCAGAUUUGGGCAUUGAAGUUCUCAAUCAAGCUCCGUUGACGCCAAAGCAUUUACAAUAUAUAACUGAGAAGCCGAAUUAUAAAGAGAAGGAUAAUGUCCGCACUGCAUUUGUUCACUUUAUGACUUCAUUUCUCGUUGAGGGACAUCUACCUUUAAUUAAAGCGUUGCUAGAAAAGCAGGGUUUACUUGCUCUAGUCGUACCAGGGCUGGUCCAUGAUGAAGCUGAAGCAGUGUUAAUUUUCCUUAAUAUCCUCAAAAAGAAUGUUGUUGAAAAUCCACUUAUUUCCAAAAGCUUAAAAUUGAAGACAUUCAGUCAACAUGUUCUUCACAAUAUGUUCAAAAUAUUUUCAUGGAAAGGCCCCCCGGAGACGAGUCGUGAAGUACAGAACGAGUUUCGUCCAGAGAUCACCAGUCUUUUAUCGCAGAUUAUACUGACCGUAUUUACUUCACACAAACUAGGUGUUUAUUUUACCGACAAUUCUCUAGGGACCACAGAUGUCCAUAAGAAUCAGAAUUUGUAUAAGGCCUUGCUAUCUCUGAAAAGGCCCUGGGAGAAUGAAAAGGAAUGUGAAGUGAUCCUUCAGAUUGUUGACAAAUGUCCAGAUCUACAUAGAGCUAUCAUAAAUGUGAUAGAGCAAAGCUUUGAACCACAACAUUCACCGAUCUGGGAGCGAACUGUGGAUUUUACAUUGAAAUUAUUAGAUAUAUUAAAACCUGAAAAUUUUAUCUCCAGACUUGUUAAAUUGAGUGUUAGUCAAGUUUCUAAUUUUGUGAGGUUCAUUACUUUACCACUUCCUAUAUUGAAAUUUGUAAAUAGAGACUUGGGUAAAGAUUGCACAGUGUCUUUAUAUUGCAUUAAAUUGUUAGUUAAAAUGCUUCAAACUUUAAGACGAUACAUGCAGAUAUUGGGAAUGCAAGAUACACUGGCACAAAUAACAGAUUUGAAAAGUAAAUUGGAAUAUUUCUUUCCUAAACAUAUGCCUGCGCCAGCCGCUGUUGUAGCGCUCAUUAAAGAAGUAAUGAAAGAUAAAGAAGAUGCAGACAAUAUACAGGGUUAUAGGCUUCCGAAAUUAGACAAAACUGAGUCUCUGACAUGCCUUGUAGACUUAUUGUUACUUUAUAAUGAAAUACAGCCAGCCUUUUUUGAAACUCUAGAAGAUAACAUAAAUAUGAAAGAAAUUCUGGACUUUUCUAUGAGUCUGGCAAAUGGAAAUACUUCCCUAUUAAAGUUCAAAAUAGUUUCAUUAUGGUUGACACUUGAUGAUACUGGUAUUUCAGUAAAAAAUCCCAUGUUCAAAGAGCUGUUUCUUAUAAUGUUAGAGGUUUAUACAAACGAAGAUGACAAUACAUGGAUUGAAGCAAAAGAUACACUAUUCAACUUUUUCCAAAACACCACUAUUUUCGAGGCCGACGAAGAUGAAAUUCAUCUGGUCUUAUAUUUAUUGCGUAAUUCUAAAGUUAAUCCGAUAUCUUUAGUAGCGGAUAUUAUUGAAUAUGUUCUUAUCAAUAUAGAUCAGCUAACAAAUGUAGUAAGAAAUAAUGUAAUAGAUUUUGAAAAUAAACAUAAAAGUAAUGAAGGUUCUCUCGAUAAACUUUUAGAUGAUUUGACUGAAGGUAGAAAUACUGAUGAGAAUGUUUUUCUAGAAAGCAAAAUGCCUUCUCCGUUUGUGGUCGGCUGUGUGCAAUAUGCUCAACAGAAUAAGAUUGCAAAGAAGAGCAUGAAAUCAUUUAUAUCACUGUACAUAGCCAAUCUAUUUCACAGUAAUUAUUCGCCUGAAUUUUCGGAAGUGUUACUUGGAGAUCUGAAACUUGAUGCUAGAAUUUAUGUUAAUAGUUGGCUGUCAAAUCCAGUCGCAUUAUCUGAUUCAAUAAUUGGAGGAGAAAAUACGUUAAAUAUUAUUUCUAGGUCUAUUAUAAACGGAGAAAAUAUUCCACUGAAGAAUAUUCUAACAUUUAUUGAUGAAGUCAUAGAAGAAGAAAGUGAUUUGGCUGUUGAUGGCACUUAUUACAAAAUCGUAUCUAAUAAAAACAUAGAUGGUUCAGAAAUGUUAAUGUGGGCAAAAUAUUUGAUAUUUUGUACAGUCAGAUUGUCAGAUAUGGGUUUAUUGGAAGAGGAUCGACAGAAAAAAAUAACUCUAUAUUUUCAAACUCUUAUUAGUGUUGGGAAGAAGCGACACAUGAUGAACAUGUGCAGAACUAUUUUUUUGGCUUUAUUCAAGAAUCCGUAUGUACUAAAAAUUUAUAAGCCUCUCGAUUUGAAGGAAAGUAAAAGUGCUCUGUUGCCUACCAAAUUUCUUUUGGAUGUAAUACAAGAACAGAAGGACAUUAUCAAUUAUUUAGAUCAAAAAUUCAAGAUAUUAAAAGCUUAUCAACAAAAGAAUUACUCUGAGAUUUUAAAGACGUUAAGUAAAAUUAAUAAGAGAAGGAAUAUCAACAGUGAACACACAAUGGAAGUAAUGAAUGCUGUAGGAUUAACCAAAGAUGACGAUUUGCUAGUUCUCAAUAAAAUAUUUAGUUGUGAAGCAAAUUGUUGCGUCAAAGAUGACAAAGAACCCAGCAUAGUAUUAGACGUACUCCAGGCAUUGUUAGAUAAAUAUUCAAAGUCCAUAAAUACAGAUCUACCGCAACACGUUUUACGGAAAGCCAUGAAAUUGUAUACGGAACUACUUAUCAAUAAAGAUGUAACAGCGAAUCUUACUAAUUUAGAGCAAACAUUCAUAAAAUAUUUGGAGAAUAAACCACACGAAGUGGCAUUUGUACCAGAAGAUAUAUUCAAAAAGUUUUUCUAUGCCAAUGCGAUUCGGAAAUCUACAUCGAAUUUAGCCUCCAUUUUGUUAACAUUCAAUACGAAAUUUUGCAAAGUUUUCAAGGAAGAAAUGACUAGACCAGAAAUUAUAAGCCAGAGAGAACUGUGUUUACCCUUAGGUAAUGCUGUGUUAAAUCAUAACCAGUUAAUGAUGAAUAAAGAAUUCCUACCCGCAAUUUACAACGAGUACAAAUCAAAUAUAAAUAAACUUCUAGAAAAACCACAUAAAGCUGGACAAGUUUACCUCACCAACUGGAAAUUUAUUAAGAAAUUAAUAUUGGAAUGUAUGGAUUUUCAAGAUUGUCAAAAAGUUUUUGGAAAGGCUCAGAAAUAUGAAGUAGUUGAGACAAGACAUUUAGAUCUCAUCCAGGCUGUUUACAUGAAAUUAUGCCUUUCAGAUGAAGGUCAUAAGAAGGAAUAUUUUAGCAACUAUUUGUUAUCUGUGCUUCAUAUUAUAACAACUGCUUUAAAAGAGAGCAGAGGAGAUGAAGUGCUAGCUCCUAUUAUAUCUAGCGUUAAUGAAGUUAUUCGUAUCUCUAAAUCUAUCAAAGGUUUUGAUAUAGAACAGAAAGAUGACUUCAAAAAAGUAACAGAGAGCGCUGUUUGGCAGAACUUCUGCAAAAUGGUAUUGAAGGAUUCAUUAAAAGUUAAAAAGGCUGAUCAAAGCAACAAUUGUGGUCAUAAAUUUCUGCAUUUGCUUAGUACUUUGGUUAAAAUUUUAUAUCCCUCCGAUCAUGAAGAUAUAGUGUUGCUAUUUGACAUGGUUACAUCCCAUUCAGAGUUUUUGAAUGUGAUGUUGAGCUACCACAGUUCGGAGAUUAAGACUAGUUUGGUCGAGUUUCUGUACACUUUGACGUGUACGAAUAAAUCUGUCAUGAAAUUGACUCACGUACCAGUAUAUUUAAGUUCGUAUCACGCGACGCGGAGUCCGUGUGACCGAUUAAUUUUAGCAAUAUUGCAUUACUACGAGAGCAAUGGUCAACCCGUGAACGAGUAUAAGCCUUAUGUCUUCGGAGAUUCUGCGGCCAAUUACUACGCAGUCAGGAAAAACAGAUCAGCGACUCUAUGGAGUCAUCCAACUCCUAAUAGAGUUCUUAGUUUAUUUGACAGAGAUGUAAUAGAAAGGACUGUAAGAAAUUUCCCUGUGAAUCAAAAAUUGGUAUACCAUUACGAACUUCCAAAUGAAAAUUUGACUCUGACAGAUUCAUUGAUGAAAAUUACAAAAGAGGGUAUUCAGAAAUCAGUGAAAGAUAACGAGGGUGCAGUAAAAGCGUUGAUUGCGAAUUUGUUUUACUCUGAAACAAAUAGCCUUAUAACAGAUGAAAUUUCAAACAUUUCACACGUUGAUUUAGGGCCAGAUAUUUACGACCCUGCAUUCGUAUUCCCUCUUUUGAGUCAUCUUCUAGCGCCUGGGUCAGUGGCGUCCUGUUUCAAACUCCUGCGCACUGGUUUGCUGUCUUUGCCGGUGGCGGCGCUGAGUUCGCUAUGUCCCGUGAUGAGGGCGGCUGCGUACCAUGUCCUACAUAGAUUCUCUAUGCUGCUGGAGACUGAAACGAGACACAAGAACGACAAGCUGUUCCUCACAGAUUUCGUCACGACCCUCCGUCAGAGCCUAUCGGCUAACGCUUCUCCCGACUUCAACAACCCACGUCUCCCAGCCAUCGAUGCCCUCUACCUAGCCCGAGCCCUCAUGGUCUCCACUUCCCCAGCAGACCCUCUCUACAAACCAGUCAACAACUUCUUCAUUGCUAAACAACUUGUGGAUUUAACAACCGUCCCAGAUUUCCUAAGCCUUUUCCAUGAUAGCGACGUCGAGGCUGCAGAGAGAAGGGCUUGGAUCUUAGACGUCAUCAGGGAUGGAACUAAAACUAUGACAGACGUAAAUGUUAUCUUCAAAACUAUGUGUCUCAAAAUGAUUAUGGAUUUCUACUCCUCAGUACUGUGUGAUAGAAGGACGAAAGAAAAGAUUAUAGGAGUUCUGUCCGCUUUGGUGUCUAUUCCGAGAGCGUUCGAAAUUUUAGUCGAAGGUUACGGAUUGAUGUCGUGGAUCAAAUCAGCCGUUUCUAUUAUCAGAAAAGACGACAAGAUUUUGGUCGUGAAAAUGAUUGAUUUUGUCAAAAACAUGUUGCAUAGUCUAUGGAUAAACGCGUUGACUAAAAACUUGUCUGUGGCUAAGAAUGGGAAGGCAAUAUUCGAAUUGAAAAUUAGUAAAGACGUUGAAUAUGAAUUGAUGAGAGUUUUAUAUGAUUUGCAGCAGUACACUAAUAGUUUGUAUGACGAGGAGUUAGUAGCGUAUGUGGAUGUUUGUUUAAUGCUUUCUAAAAGAACAGUGAAGUUAUUGAGUAAAGAGCAAAUGUUGAUUUUCGUCAGUCGCACCGCUUCGUCAUUGGAAAGUGAGAGCGUUAAAUUGUUAGCUAAAGCUGUAGUUGACAAUGAUUCGACUGUGUUAUGUAGUAACAAUUUGAAUGGUUCACAAAGAGAUUGUUUGCUUGGAGAGAUGACAAGUUUCGUACGUAAUUACUUGAUGUAAAAUAAUGUGAAAUAUUAAUAAAGAAU